AUGGCAUCACGGCCGCGAAAAAAAAGGCCCGUUCCCGUUACGGCCUCCCCGGCGACCGAGGACAGCAACGACAUGUGGCCCGUCGCCAAGGACGCCGCAGUGGCCGUCAAGCUCGUCCUCGUGUCCGACUGGCGGCAUUUUGUGCGCUGCUUCGUCUACGUCCCGACGGGCAUCUUUGCCAUUCUGGCCGCCUGCUACGGCGUCGACCGCCUCCUGGCACUGGGCGGCGUCUCCUUUCCUGCGUCUGUGGCCUGCCUCGUCCUUUUGUUCUUGUCGCUCCUCUUGGCCGACGUCCUCCUCGGCCACCACAGGACCAAAGCGCUCGUGCAGGCCAUCAAUGUCCCAGGGGGCUGGUCGCUGCGCUGGCUCAACCUGUUUUUCACGCCGUCGUUUGUCAUGCUGCCGCUGAGUCCGCCCAUUUCGGCGACGGAAGUGGGCAAAAUGGUUGCGGUGUUUGUCGUCGGCUUUCUGGUCAUGAUGGUCGCCACGGCGUACAUGACCCGCUGGAUCCAGCUGCUGACGAGCCCGCCGCGCAAAUCGAUCGACCAGCAGACGGAGGGCGCGCGGCGGGAUGUUCUCCCGGGCGACGGCGGCAUCGACGACCGCCGGGACGACGACGAAGAGCUGGCGCCGCUCCGAACCGAUUUUGGCGGCGACCGUCCGAGCACAGACCGCACAGACGGCAUGCCGCCGCUGCCGCCACAGUCGCACGCCGCCGCCUACAUUACCAUCCGCGGGCAGAAUUUGGACGAUCCGCUGAGCUCCUUCAGCGACGUACCCGCGGCGUCCUCGCGCAUGCAAAUGCAUCUGCUCCGGCAAUCGGCCGCGGUCCUCAUGGCACGGUCUUCGCGGCGUCCACAAAGUGCCGCGACGAGCGGCACGUCGUCACCGACGCCGCCCGCCCGCGCCGACCGCUGGGCCGCGUGGCUGGGCAAGCACGCCGACACGCUGCUGUGUGCAGGGAUGGGGUUGUUUGUCGGUGCGCCCAUCUACUACGCGACCGGCUACGCCAUGCCGCUGCAGCUGGCCGUCAACGUCCUCAUGUUCUUUGGCGCCAUGUCGCUGCCGGCCGCGUGGCGCCAGAUCCUGCACCCGGUGCUCGUCUCGGCCUUUUCGACGUUCCUUCUCAUCUGGCUGCUGGGUCGCGUCCGUGGCGACGGGUUGGUCGAGACGCUGCACCAGUACCGGCCGGGAAAUACGUAUCUGCAGGUGUGGUCUGCGGCCACCGGUUCCCGCAAACCCGGCGCCGGCGAUGUGCUGGCCAGCGCCCUGGACGCCAGCAUCGUGUCCCUGGCCCUGCCCAUGUACCAGUACCGCCACGAGCUGAAGCACCACUUCUGGGCCAUUGUCGUCCCCAACAUCUUGCUGUCCGUGGCCUCCCUCUUUGCCUACCCCGUUGUCUGCUACCGCAUUGGCAUCAGCGCCCAACGCAGCCUGGCCUUUACAUCGCGCAGUCUGACGCUGGCGCUGGCCACGCCGGCGGUGCGCAACCUGGGCGGCGACGUCAACACAGUGGCGGCGGUGGCCAUUUUGUCGGGCGUCCUGGGCGUGCUGAUUGGGCGCAAGGUGCUGGCCUGUUUGCGGAUUCCAGAAGACGACUAUGUCACAAGAGGCGUCACGUUCGGAGCAAACGCUUCUGCGUUGGGAACGGCCCUCUUGCUGAGGGUUGACCCUCGCGCGGCCGCCAUUUCCAGCCUGGCCAUGGGGCUGUUCGGUGCUAUUACCGUGGCCUUUUCGUCCGUCCCGCCCAUGGUCCACAUCAUACGGUCUCUUGUUGGGUUGGAAUAA